AUGCAUCAAACUUCAAGCAGCCAAGUGAAAUCUGAAAGGGAGAUUUCACCAAUAUCUUCGGUCUCAGAUUUAGGGCCUCUUGACAUAGAUACUCCACCAGAGAGAUACUUGCCCCCUGGAAACCCUACUUCGCGAAGUCCUCUACGAGAUAUCGCUCAUACCCGUCAAUCAACAACCCCAACUAUGAGCUCGGAUCGGCGUCGUACAUCAGUUAUCCAACCACCUGCAAAGCAACCGUCCGGGACACUGGACCGGCGCCAGCAGCAAUCUACUAAACAACAGUCCACUCCAAAGAAACAGUCACCGGGAUUUUUCCGGUGGAUCACUGGAACCACUGGAACAGAUUCAAUCGAGCCCGAAGCGGAACAACUGCUCAAGACGCAAGCAGAUGAAAUACACCACCUUACAAUGCUUCUCCGCGAGAAAGAAGAUGCUAUAAAAUCGGUGUCAGAGAAUCAUAUGAAGGAUAAAGAGCAUCAACAACGGUAUUUUCAAGACGAAUGGCAGCAUUGGGAAAAAGAAAUUGAGCAGCACUACCAACAGAUCGGGUCUCAAAAGAACGAUACAAUACAGAAUCUGCAAGUACAAGUCCAAGAACUUGCAUCGCAUCGAAAGAAAAUUCAAGAGAAAUGUAAUACGAUCAUUCGAAGACAACAGGAGGAGUCAUUUAAACAGAUGGAAACGGGUCGUUGGAUUCCUAGGGAAGAAGGCCGAGUUCUAGCGGACUUCGAAAGAAUCAGAACCCAGAUGAGAACGUGGGCAAAAGGUGCAGCUGUCAAGAAUAUUGCAGCAAUACAGGACGUUGCAGAAGAGCAACGUGCGUCUUUAUUGGCUGCUUUGUCUCGUGUGGCAGUAGUUGAGAACAACCAGCUUCCACGCGGAUUAUCGACACCGAAGGGCCCUUCACUUCUCCUGAACGCUCUUUUGGCACACGAUGUUUAUACGUCACUCUUUCGGAGCCCAUUUUUCUUUCUCAAUGAUGGCCUUGAGUAUGGACCAGCAGGAGAUGGACUGGACGACUCGCUGAACAAGAUUUACGGUUUAGCACUAGGUUCAAACGUGGAGGACGCACACAUAUGGCGGUCUCAAACCCUUAGGCUUCUUCUACCCCCACUACGAGAAGGCAAUACGGAUGGGGAGAAGGGUUUGCACGAGCGUACUAAGGGGAUGAUUGCUAAGGUGGCUGAACUGCAUGCUUCCCGCUUCGCCGCCAGUUCUGCUCGGUAUCUCAUCGAUACUAAUAAGGCAAACGCCAAAAAGCUUAGUUCCAUCUAUCAAGAGGCCGCAUCAGUUUCAUACAUGCUUUGGACACGAAAGACAGCAAUGAGACUGGUAACGCUAAGUGAUAUGGGAAGCCCAACUUUUAAUGUGGACAAUUCGAGACUUAAGCCACAUACUAUGGUCCAUCCUGACGACCAUGAUGACCAGCUGAAAGGCAGACAAAUCACGUUGAUUGUACAUCCUCUCCUGCAAGUAUGCGGGACAGAUGAAGGAAGAGAUUAUGACAACGCGAGAGUGUGGGUACCGGCAGAGAGAGAGAUGGUGCCACAACUUUUUAAUGGGAAGUCUUUAAAUUACGCAGAGCACCCAUAUCUCGUUCAUGAAGCCAAGAAUCCCAGUAAGUUGAUGCCAAAUGCCCCAAUUGGCAAAGAGCAGCCCGGCACCAAGAGAGUGGCAGUAGGAGGUAGUGUUAGUCGCCCAUAUUUCAACAGAAAUCGGCAACACCAAAACCAAAUGUUCUGCAGUCCUGUCCCGGUUUGGAGAAACGAUACCCUGGCUCUCGAUUCACCGGGUUCUACAUUUUACGAACUUGAAGGGUUGAACCUUCAAACGCCGCUACCUGAGGAUGUUUCCACAAGCUCAGCUCUUGAAUAG